UUUUUCAUAGUUCAUAGCCAUCAAAACUUAAAAGAGCAUACUAAUCUUUUCUAUCCAUUCACCAACCCCACAUCUUUCUUACACUCUCAUUCUCCAACAAUGGCUACUUUAUCCACACUCUGUACCCUGAUCUACUCCUCUUCAUCUUCCUCCUUCAAACCAUCUUCUUCUCCUCUCCUUCCCACCUACCUUCCCUUCCUCCCCACCCGAAAUCGACUUCUACCGCGAAUCACAGCCGUCGGCCCCGACGUUCUAGGCGACUUCGGGGCACGGGACCCAUUCCCCGCCGAACUCGAAUCCAAUUUCGGCGAAAAAGUCGUCGGAAAUAUGAGCACUGAACACAAAAUCCUCAUCCCUCAUGCUCAAGCUUUAGCUCUUUCUCAACAAAAUUGUGUACCCAUUUCAGCUAAUGAUUCUCCAUUAUCUAAACAUGAUGCUAAACAGCUUCUAUUUAAGGUUGUAGGAUGGAGAUUAGUUGAAGAAGAAGAUACUAAAAAUGGAAAUGUUGUGAUGAAAUUACAGUGUUUUUGGAAAUUAAAAGAUGUUGAUAAUGGAAAAGAAUUAAUUAAGAGGAUUAAUGAUGUUGCUGAAAAAGCUGGGCAUUCUCCUGUUUUGAAUCAAGAUGGUAAUCAUGUUACUGCUGUCUUAUGGACUGAGAUUAUUGGUGGGUUAAGUCUUAAUGAUUUUAUUGUUGCUGCUAAGAUUGAUAAAAUUAAAAUCUCUGAUCUUCUUCCAAGAAAAAGAGUUUGGGCUUAGUCUCAUAUUUCUUUUUUAAUUAAUUUAUUUUUUUUGGGUUUUUUUGAAGUGUAACAAAUUGUCUUAGUGAUAGUUGAUUGGUCGGGAAAUUAUGAAUUGGUCUAAUAGUUAAAGAAUUUCUUUUUUC